AUGGCUCAGUUGGCCGACAAAGUUCGAAAGGUCGAAAGACUAAAGAUUAAGAAAUCCAGAGUAAAUAAAGGUAAUAAAGAACGCGUAGCCUUCGUCAACAUGGAAGCCAAUGGUUUUACGUCAAACAUAGAAUAUAACCAUGUCAAAGAAAUUGAGGUCGAUGUGGCUGAAUUAAAGCCAGGUCCCCUAUAUGUGUGUAAGUUACUUACGCCUGCAAAUGGGAAGAACCCUUCUGAACCUGAGAAAAAUGAAGAUGGUCAAGUAAUAGUGCCACCAGGCGCAAAAGUGCCACCAUUAGAAGAAAGAAAGAAACGAGGAUUUUGUAAAUAUCAUAAGUUUUUAUGGCAUAAGACCUCACAAUGCUUUCUUUUCUGGGAUCUUGUUCAUAAUGCAUUGAACGAAGGAAGGUUGAAACCUGCCAAAAGCAAGGAUCCAAUGAAGAUCAACUCUGAAUCACUACAAGUCGGGGAUGCCAUUUACAUAGAGCAUGUAACCAUUAAUAUGGUCAAAAUUACUGUGGAUUUCGACAUGGUUGAGUUCGAAAGUGAGAACCAGAUUGAGGUUGUUUACCCUAAGGAUGGAGAGGGGUUGCUGGAAUUUCUCCAUGGGUGUAAAGCUAAAGAUUCAUACAUGAUGUGA